AUGUCGUACCUCUCUCCAUUGCUGUGGGCCUUCCUGCCUCCACAACUAACCCAGAUCCUGCUCCCCUUCGCGUCCCAAUUCCUCCCCUUCCUCUUCCCCCCCUCUGCACCAGGAUCGCAGGGUUACAGGCGGAACUAUCGCCUCCUCUUCACGACGCUCGUAACGCUCUGGCUGGCGUAUACAUUCGUGACGCAGUCCGAAGACCGGGGGCGGAGCUACUACGACGUCCUCGGUGUCGGGUAUGGAGCCGGCGAGGGAGAGCUCAAGAAGGCCUUCCGCGGUCUCAGCAGGGUCUACCACCCCGACAGGCAGGGGCGGCUGAGCGAGCCGGAGAUGGAGGUCGCGAAUGCGCGUUUCGUGGCGAUCCGGAGAGCGUAUGAGGUGUUGUCAGAGCCUACGACGCGGUUCGUGUAUGACCGGUUCGGCCCCUCCGUCGCCGCAUGCACAUCCUGCAAGUCCCUCCGGGACUACAUGCAAUCGGGCCUCAUGUCCUCUGUGUCCUUCUACAUCGCCGCUGUCUCUGGUCUAGGCAUCCUCGCGCUUGCGAGAGCGGCACGGGACGGCGCGUACUGGCGUUUCACGGUCGUUGGCGUGCUUCUCGCUCUGGAGCUGGCCAUCGUGCUGGCUCCCGGAUCGCCCGCCGCAACCCCCUCGCACGACUCGAACGACGCCUCUGAUCCUACGCCUCUUGAUCUCGCCAGCCCUCCUGUGUCCGCCGCUUUUGUGCCCUUCGGUCUCAUCGGGAGGGUGAUUGGAGCACUCCUCGGGAGAGUGUUCGACUCACGACCCCCGUUCCAGGUCGUCCGCCUGCUUCGCGCGCUCGCUACGGAUGUGGGCAUUGCCAUCUCCCAGCUGGCGGGGAUUUGGGCCGAUCCCCCCGCCGAUCCCGAGGCUAUGGCCCGCUCCAAUCUUGCGCUCGCGAAGGAUGUUGCGAGCCAGGCUGGCACGGCGCUCAACUCUACUGUCGGGCCUCUGCUCGCCUCUGGCACGAGCGAGGAUGAGCUCAAGGACAAAGUCACUGAUAGACUGCUCGACUCGAAUGCCGCCAAGCAUCCCGCCGUCUUGCCCGCUUAUGACACGCGGAUGCGCCAGAAUAUGCGCGACGUCCACCUCCUCAUGCGCCAGCAGUAG